AUGACCGGCUCCGGGGAGCAUUGGGCUCCUGCUAGCAGUGUUCCAUAUAGUCAGCAGGUCGGCCGCUCUGCCCCCGUCCAGACCAGCGCUUUUCCACCUCGGACAACUUCCUACCAAGCAAUACCGACCGGACGAGCGCAGUCCACCAACGAUUUUGUCUUACGAACCGGCCGAGCCGUAAAUCGAGAACACCAGCGCCAGCAGUCGAACGGCAUGUCCACCCAAACGCUUGUGCAAGAAGCCUCAAGCCCACAGCAGCAGCCUCGGCGCAUGUCAAACGCGAGCCACGUGUCUACAGCAUCGUCUACAGCAUCGUCUACAGCAUCGACCGCUGUAUCUUCUGGAGAGGCCUCGGACUACUCUACACGGGUGCGGUCACCAAGCUGGAGCUCUCACAGUUCACAGUCAUCAAGUACCACGGUGAUGUCCCAAGCGUCCGCAGCAUCCGCAACGACGGAUCCCAAGCAGCCCGACUCGCCACAGACGCAGGCGCAGUCCCCAUGGAAGCGGCCUGCGCUGAUCAAGACAUCCCGCAAGCGAGCGGCAGCGGGCGAGAUCUUUGCCGCACUUCCGGGUGAAGUGCUGGAGCUCAUUCUCGACGAGCUGAAGGAGGCACAUCUCUCGCGAGGCAGCGACAGCUGUGCCACCUGCUGGAUGCGGGAUGCGUGCUCGAUGGCAGUGACGGCGCGGAAGAUGCUCAAGUAUGCACGAGCAGCCCUGUACGAGGACGUGCAGCUGGUCGGCCUCGAUUCGGCCCAACAGCGAAAGAGGCUCAAACCGCGGCAGCACGGCACGCGUCUGGUACUGCUGCGGCGGACGCUGCGGUCAAGUCCGCAGAUUGCAGCCAUUGUGCGUUCGCUCAAGGUGCCGAGCCUACCGAAGGGAGCAUCAAUGGACGAGUACCAGAAUCUGGUGGCAUCGGUCGUCAUGGCCUGCCCGAAUCUGGAACGCAUAGUCGGCUUCUACCCGACGUACGACCAUGAGACCUUUCGGAAGUUCUUCCAUGCCCUGUCGACGAGACGUCGUCUGAAGGAGAUGAGCUGGAUCAUUGAGCAGACACCAUCAAAAGAGGCACAGCAGCAGCAGCAGCAGCAGCAGUUACGACCGAGAUCAAGAGGCGGGAUCCCGCUGUCUCUAGCACAACUGGUCCAGCAAACACCGCCUCCAUCGCCAAGACCGUUAACACCGGUCUCUUCGCAGUUCGCUUCAAAGUUCUCGUCACCGUUUCGUGUCCCGGUGCCACCACCACUGGAGCCGCAGCACAGCGCCAACUUUUUCGACAUGCACGUUUCCUGGCAGUAUCUCACCAGCCUCACGGUACACUGCAAAGCGGGAGGGACGCUGGCGCCGGACACUCUCCUGAUCGAAGCACUGACGUGUCUGCCGGCUCUGCAGAACCUGUAUCUCUCGCACCUCCCACACACGUCAUUCAGCGACGCGACGCUGCUUGGACUACCGCCGUUGAAGAAGCUGUCGCUGGUGCAUGUGGCAGGCGUGUCGUCGGCCGGGCUGUCGACGUUUGCAUCGCGAAACAACAGCCAGUCGCUGGAGUCGCUUUCGCUGAUCCACGUAGACCUCGACUCGCUGCAGGCGCUGGCGCGCAUCCUGUCGAAGCUGAGGCUACUGACGUCGUUCACGAUGGUGCAGAUGUACCCGCCGACACUGACGGCUGGCGAGGUCAUCUGGCUGUUUCCUUACCUGGCGUCGGCAUCGCUGCGGCGGCUGCACUGGGACGUGCCGACAUACGCGAACCGGGCGAACGCGGCAGACAUUGCGCUGGCGCGCAGCAUCGCAGCCAACGGCUUCCCGAGCCUACGAACACUGCGGGCACCGGCGGACCCGGAAGGCAUAUUCCAGGCGCUGUGCCGACCACAGCUGCGGGCAGAGCUGCCAGACGACCGGUUUCAGGCCGGCGAGCAGCAAGCGGUCCUCCCGUCGCCGCGACGGGGACACGGACGUGGUGACUCGGCCUCGUCAAUGUCAUCCUUCUUUUCCAAGGCAUUUGGUGGCAGUGGAAGCAGCGGCAGCACGUCAAGCAGCACGGGUGACAGCAUUCACUCGCGGUCAGAGAGCAGCACGUCGUAUUCACUAGGCAGCACGGCAACGCCGACGAGCCCCGCGUUUGCGCCGCCAGACUGUCUCCUUCCACGUCUGUACAGCGAUCUGCUCGAGGCGCGCAGGUUGGCACAGCGACGGAUCGAAUCGGCGAAGCAGGCGCCGCGAUUCAUUGUCAACGUGCGCAACGACAGCGGUGCGCUGGUGGAGAACCAAGCGGUGGGUGCGUUUAUGGGGACGGUGCACAGCCGAAUUCAAUACCACCUGGUGGCAGAUGUCGGCGGGACAGACGAAAAGGGCGGGCUGCUAGACAUGGAAGAUCUGCUGGCAGAUAACAGCGAGGCGACAGGUACCGGCAGCAUCAGCGUCAGGGGUGUGAUGGACCAGGCAGCCGUGCCAGACGGUUGCACUGGACGGUGGAAUGCUAACUGGGAAAUGCCACAGAAGAAGGACAAGGAGCGGUGCGCUUACAGCAGUGACGACGGGCCGUCAGCCGCUGUGUGCUGUCUGUGCGCUCGCGGUGUCUCGACUUGGCGCUGCACGAAUACGACGGCAGGUCUCGACGGGGACGACGGGGACGACGGGAUUGACGUGGACGCCUGGAGCGACAGGAUUGCUGACGAGGCCAGCGGCUUCAGUUCGUCAUCAGGAGGGGGCAGCACAGCAAGAAAGCAAGAGCAGGGCGAGACGCUUCCGUUCUACGCCCUUUUUGCCACGUCAGUGCCGGAGGGUCCGCCUCCACGGGGUCCGUUUGCGGUCGACGUGCGCGCGCUCCGGCGUGAGUUUCUGCGCCUGCAGGCGGCCGCCCACCCGGACUUUCACCAUGCAGCAGGCGGAGAGGCAGGCGAGGCAGAGACCAAACGAGCGAGCGGUCACUCGGUGGCGCGAGCGCGGGCCGAGGCGGCUUCAGCUCGCAUCAACGAAGCCUACCGCACGCUGGCAUCGCCGCUGCUGCGGGCGCAGUAUCUGCUGCGGGAGCGCUUCGGCAUAGAUCUGGCUGGCGACGAGAGCACGCUGGGGGGUGGUGAUGGUGAUGGUGCUGCGGCCGGAAGCAUGGACCUCCUCAUGGCCGUGCUCGAGGCGCGCGAGGACAUUGAGGCAGCGACGUCCGAGGCAGACCUAGUGCCGCUGCGGACUACCAACGAGGCGCGGAUGCGGGCCAGUGAGGCGGCACUGGCGGAGGCUUUUGCGGCGGACGACGGGACGGCAGCACGGAGCGAAACCGUGCGAUUGCGGUAUUGGACAAACAUUGAGGAGACGCUGCGGGAAUGGGAGCCGGGCAAGGAGGUGGUGUUGCAGCAUUGA